AUGCAACAUUUAGUUAUCUGGUCAUCCCUGCUCAAGGAAAUAAGUCUGUCGAAUUCUAGGUGGACGAUUAUUAAUCGUGAAGGCACGACUUUGGAACCUGGGAAACAACAUUAUUUGAGGCGUAUAGCAGCCGGGAUGGUUGAUGGACCACAUUGGAAGGAUAUUUAUCAGGUUUUAAUUCCAAUCAACAUAUCGCAACUGCAUUGGUAUUUGCCUGAUUUGGAUCUCCUGACAUGGAAAGUGAUCAUAUAUGAUUUAGCUGAAUGGUGUGGUUUCUUCAAAAAACAUGUGGAAGACGAAGUCUUGGUUUUCAACAAUCUUUAUACCAAGAAUGACGACGAACGUCCAAAUGAAGAUGAGGAAGUCAUCCUGGACGCGGCUAAAGCGGAAUACAUAUCCAUUAGUAACGGGUUAGAAUUCGAGUUUGAAGGGCCCUGGAAUCUAUUAAAAGAUCUCCCGUAUUUUUAA